CAAGCCUCUCGAAACCGUUGGUGCCGCAGCCACUGCAGUCCCCUUUUCACAACGUCACAUGUCCUUCGGAAUCUGGAAAUCUCGUCUAAUUGAACCACAAUGGCUGUCCAGGUAACAGAAGCGGACCAAGUUAAACAGUUCAAAGAAUUUCUUGGCACCUACAACAAACUCACAGAGAACUGCUUCAUGGACUGUGUAAAGGAUUUUACCACUAGAGAAGUAAAGUCAGAGGAGUCCACCUGCUCGGAGAGCUGCCUUCAGAAGUACCUGAAGAUGACCCAGCGUAUCUCCAUGCGCUUCCAGGAGUACCACAUCCAGCAGAACGAAGCCCUGGCUCAGAAAGCAGGCUUAAUGGGACCACGGUAGAGAACUACUGCCCUUUACAUGGACAGAUAACGCCAGGAGUCGCCCAUCCAGUCUUGGCACAACUCAAUGUAAAUGUGAAUCAGUGGAUGGCUAACACCGGCCACAAACUUCUCCUUGUCAACCUCCACUACUUCUUAGGCUGGGGCUGAUGACUGCUUGGACACUUUUAUCCAGAGAGCUGUUAUGAGCCCUCAAACAGAAAAGCCUGAUCAUGACAUAUGAGAUCAUAUUGAGUUGCGAUCCAGGCAGAACAUGAGAUAAAAUAAAAAUUAGCUACCUUUUUUGUUUUUAUUAUAGUGUACGUGAAAUAUUGUCUAUGAUUGUUGUAUAAGGUAAUGACAAUCCUGGGUAUUAAUAGUUUGGUGUCUCCUUAUCCUAUAAUGAUAAUUCCCAUUUGUUCCCUGAAUAAAUGUUUCGUACCAAUGA